AUGGUGCCGUUCGGCGGCUACUCCAUGCCUGUCCAGUACUCCGACCUCUCCAUUGCUGAGAGCCAUCACUGGACUCGUGAGAAGUGCUCCAUCUUCGAUGUCGGCCACAUGGUGCAAUACCACGUCGACGGCCCCGGUGCCGAGUCCUUCCUGGAAUCGGUCACUCCCUCUGGCUUGAAAGAUUUGGCGCCCGGCCAAUCCACCCUGUCAGCUCUCCUCCACCCCAAGACAGGAGGCACUGUCGACGAUUGCAUGAUCACCCGUCUCGAGGAAGGCCCGAAGCACUUAUUCUACGUCGUCACCAACGCAGGUAACCGCCAAAAAGACUACGACUUCCUCAGCUCCGCCCUCGACAAGUGGGAAAACACCGUUAACCCCGCAGCCUACAUCCGCCAUCUGGAAGCGGAAGGCGAACCCUUUGGCCUCAUCGCCCUGCAAGGCCCGCUGGCCGCGGAAAUCCUGCAGUCCGCCCUCUCGCCGGAUUGCAAAGUCGAUCUCAGCACGUGGUACUUUGGCACCGCCAAACACAUCACUCUCUCCGUCCCCUCUGGCGAAACGCAUCCCAUUGUCGCAAGCCGAGGAGGCUACACAGGCGAAGACGGCUUCGAGCUUUCCAUCCAACCCUCGCAAACUGUCGAGGUGACGAAGCGCCUGCUCGAACUCGCAGGGAAGGACAAGCUGAGACUGGCAGGACUUGGCGCGAGAGAUAGUCUGCGUCUAGAGGCGGGCAUGUGCCUGUACGGCCACGACCUCGACGACACCACCACGCCCGUUGAAGCGGGCCUGAACUUCAUCAUUGCGAAGAACCGUCGCAACGUCGAGGGCUCAGGAUUCAAUGGCGCGGAAACCAUCGUCCCGCAGCUGGUGCCCGUCUCGAAGGGCGGUACAGGCGUGUCGCGGCGUCGUGUCGGACUGAUCGUCGAAGGAGCCCCAGCGAGAGAAGGCGCGGAAAUCGUGAGUGCGGAGGGCGAUGUGAUUGGGAGAGUGACCUCGGGCUGCCCGAGCCCGACGCUCAAGAAGAACGUCGCUAUGGGUUACAUCACGGACGGAAAGCACAAGAGUGGGACGGAGGUGCAGGUCGUGGUUCGGGGCAAGAAGAGGAAGGCGGUCGUGUCUAAGAUGCCUUUUGUGCCGCCCAAGUACUAUAGAGGGUAA